CUUAAUGCCUGCAAUCCAUUUCCUUCUCUCCUUCCUCUUCAUGGUCGCUUUUGAUUUCGGGAUUGCUCAGUCCACAUGGUCCCAGAAUUACCCACAUUAUCCGCACUUGUUUUCAGGUGAAGCACGUUUCAGAAGUCCUAAUAGGCUUUCAAAACCUUUAAUCGGAGACGGUGGAAGAAUUUAUGCUUGUUCCGAGAAGAUGUUAUUAGCAUUUGAAAAUAAUGGUUCCAUUGCUUGGUUGUUGCCUUUGAGUUUCAAAUGCAACAUGUCUAAAGCCCCAGUUCAUGGGGGUACAGGAAAGCAGAUAUAUUUGAUUGCAGAAAACAGAGUACUCAAAAUUAAUAUUAUGAAAAUAGGAACUUCAGAACCCGCGAUCCAAGUUUUCUUUGGUCCUGGACCUGGUCAGCAAGGAGGAGAUGAAAUUGUUGGGCUUGCUGUAAGCACGUUGAGUUCAUCUGUGUUUAUCAAUGUUAAAAAUCGGGGUUUGUUUGCGUACAUGAUGCGGGGACACCUACUUUGGAGUGCUGGACCUGUGCUAGAUCAGUAUGGCUACAAGCAAGGUUGCAGGAAAGAUGUUUCAGAUUGUUAUUUUGCUUCGGUCCCUGUGAUUGCUCAAUGUGAGGCUAGUAUCUAUAUCUCUAAUACUAAAGGGGAACUUUACUCUCUGUCGGUUCGUAGUCCUUACUUUAAAUGGAUUCAGGACUUAAGCUCAUUUGAUAAGGUUUAUACUGUUACACCUGGAAAUAAUGGCCGCUUGUAUGUUACUGUACCGGUUAAGUCUCUUAUCCUGGCUCUAGACGUGUCUUCGGGAAAUGUCCUCUGGCAGAAAAGUGUUGGGCCGUUAAGCACUGCGGAAUCUUCACUAUUGGUUGAUUCUUAUGGUUGGGUGACAAUCGGUUCAUUGGAUGGAUUCCUGUACUCAUUUUCACCUACUGGGACUCUGAAGAAAUUUCCAAAAGCAGCUGCAUUAGAGUAUGUGAUCCAAUAUAGUCCUUCCCUUGAUUGCUCUGGCUAUGCAGUAUAUUUUUGUCAUACAGAAAUGGAGGGAAAAGUUAUCCACACGAAUGAUCAAUACACUCACGUCUCAGCAAUGAAACCCAAACGUUCAGUCUUUACCCUGAUGGUUCCAGCUACUGGCAAAAUCUAUUGGUCUGAAAGCCAUCAUGGCCAGCUUUUAUCCUCAUUGUCUACGAGUGAUCUGCAGAACUUUGUAGUGGAUGAGGGCAUGCUUCUUGCUUUUGUCACUGCUUCGCAGACGGGCAACCCGCUACCUUGUCGCAGCAAGGGUCUAAAGCUUGCAUCUAGCUGCUCCCAAGGAACAAGCAAGCAUCUCAAUAUCUAUACAGGUAAUAAAAGGGCUGUACUAAUCUUCCUUUUAUUCGAGUCCCUACUCUUAGUAGCUUUAGCUGCAGUCGUGCGGUUCUGUUGUGUCUUUUGGAGGAAAAAGAAGCUUCAAGAUCAAGACCUUGGACGCUUUCUAGAAAAGCGAAGAUCUCUCCAACUUAAGAAGAAAGCAAUUGAUAGGACAAUUACAGAGUUUAAGCAGAAGGCUGCAAAUAAAGCAGUGGCCAAUGAAGCAAUAGAAAAACUUAGCGAUUUGGUUCGAGGAAGGCAAGGCAUUGAGAGAAAGCUAUCAACAACUUACAGCUUGGGCAGGGAUGGAGAAGGGUCCAAACCAAAAUCUCUCCUCCCAUUAUAUGGUGGAAGAACAAGAAGCUAUUCUUUCCAAAGGGCAGAGAAAGAAGGUGUUACAAUUUUCCACACUCUAAGCAAUACAUCUUCUGAAGGAAGCAGCACUGAGAGGGAAAUUAGUUCAGAUUCUGAAGAAGAGGAGGAGCCAGUUUUCACGGCCAAGGCAAAGGCACCCAUCGAACCUGAAAGUUCAAGUGAAGACGAGCACCUGGGAGGAAAAUAUGAACGAAGUCCAGCAGAGCCAGCUUCCAGCUCUAAAGGGUAUAUGCAUCCGCUUUCUGUGGAGCAAGAAUCAGGGGACGAAAAGUUGCAUGAUGAGGGAGUGAUGGUGGAAUCCAUGAAAAGCAGUAGCAGAAGCAUUUGGUUAAAGAGGAGAAGGACCUUGUCUUCAUCUAACUAAAAACUAGAUAUUUAGUAAUUUUUAAAGUAAAAUAACUAAUACA